AUGAGCUUGAAAAAUGGAGGACACGCACCGCAUCGUGCCAUCUACGACGCCUUCACAAUUGGCAGCACGAGCGCCACAAAUUCGCCGACGCCGUCAACAGCAACGCGUGAUGAUCCGUUCAUGAUCCGCCCGCAGACUUCAAGCUCAACGGGAACGCCGAAAACGAUAAGCGCGUGGACGGAGGCUUCGAUGAUGCAAGAGCCGAUGAAAGAGACAGUAUUAGACAAUAUUCGAUUGAACAAGUCGCUGUCAAGCUCAACGCCUACGGAUUUCUCACGUCAGUCGCUCAUUUUCUCGCCGCCCAACUGCAUCAACGACGACGACGAUCGGCGGCCGAGCACCUCGUGGGGAAACGGCGGCGCGCCGCCGACAAAAGCCGCCGGCGAUGUGAGCCUCAGCCGGAAGCAGAUCACGCCGUUCCUCAUCAAAGCCUCGCUGCGUUUGCCGCCGGUGAAAGCGGAAGGCGUUCAAAUAAGGCUUCGCGAACUUCCCGAGGUCAUCGAUCAGUUGUCCGAACAAUGCAUCAAUAAAUUGAAUUAUCUUGUUGAUGAUUUGGAUCGCGGCGCGUUCGAGGAAGCGCGCGGCAGCUUCGAAACAAUGAAGAAAAUGUUUCCCGUCGAGAUGAACUCGAAUUGGGCGAAAGGAAUUCGAUUGCUCAUCGUCGAGCUCAUACCGCAUCAAAAAUCGCGACGAAUCGGCUCAGCGGGCAGUCAUGUCCGCAAUCAAUCUAUGAUCUAUAACUAA